AUGGAGACCAGGUGCUCCAGAAAACAGGGAUGCCCUCAGGCCCGCGCGCCCUUGCUUUGGCGGACUUCCUGCUGCUCCCGUCCGGUGGAAGGGGGCAGUUAUCUCUUUGGAGGACUGUUUACAAACUCCCUAUUUUCUCUUCUUUCUCCUGCCCCACGGCUGUGCUUCAGCACGCAUUUAGGUCACGUGCAGAGCGUAUCUCGCCUCCAGUGGGAGGGAAGUGUACAGGAAAGCAUGCGGAGUGUGAGAAACUCCAGGUGUGCUAUGCUCUCUGCUCCAUGCAGUCUCUCACUCCACUUUCUUUUAUUUUCUUUCCUUUUUUUUGAGACAUUGCUCUAUCGCCAGGCUGGAGUGCAGUGGUGCAAUGUCAGCUCACUGCAACCUCCACCUCCCAUGUUCAAGCAAUUCUCCUGCCUCAGCCUCCUGAGUAGCUGGGAUGACAGGCAUGUGCCACCACGCCCAGCUAAUUUUUGUAUUUUUAGUAGAGACGGGGUGUCACUAUGUUGGCCAGGCUGGUCUGGAACUCCUGACCUCGUGAUCUGCCUGCCUCAGCCUCCCAAAGUGCUGGGA